UGGGGAUUUUAUAGGGGCUUUGUUCUCACAUAGCACACAAUUUGGAAUUCGAAAUUGGGGUUUCCCUGGCAGGAAUGUCAGACUCUGAGAAAGAGGCCACCGGCGGAACCCACCAGGGAAGCACCAAUGGGUGGGCCGACCUGGAGGAGGAGGCGGAUGACCAGGAAGGGAUCCAUAGCUUUACACCAUCGCGCAAUGCCAGUGCGGUAAGCUUGGGACCGGAACUGGUGGUACCCAGAACCACCGCUGUAUUUGAUAUUGAGGAGGAUAUCCCAGCGGGAUUUUCGAAUGAUGGAACCAAUCGCGCCACGAGUAGAACCCGUCGACUGGAAUACUUUCGCAGUGGUGCCGAUGCCGAUUGCCAGGUGCACGUUCUGAGCAACUGCCCCCAAUCCGAAGAGCCGGCGGUCAGUGUGUGUUACAAAAAGUUUGGAUGUCACCGGAUCUUCCUGGCCACCGCCUCCGACAAACUGGAGCAGGACGUGUACCAGAACAAACACUGGAACGGCGUGCUGCAGAUCAAUGGGGUUUCGCCCGAGAGCGUGGAGAUCUUCCUGGAGUUUAUAUACACCUUUGAGGUGACCUCGCCGCUGGUCCAGCUGAAGCUGGUGGGAGAUAUAUUCAUCCUGUCCUGCGCCUACAACAUGCCGGAGCUGCUCCGCUCCUUUGCAGAGAAACUGGGGCAACAGGAAUGGCCUCCAGAUGGGAUCUUUCCGGCCUUCGACCUGGCAUUCCGGCAUAACAUCAUCGAUGUGGAGCGGGUGUGCAUCGAGAAAAUCGUGGAGGAAGGUGCAUCUUUGAUACAGGAACCCAGUUUGAUGAAACUCCCGGUGUAUGCCUUAAACUACGUCAUCCAGCACUGGCUCGUGGCGGAUGCAGUGCCUCCGAAUGAGCUCAUCAAGGUAUUGAAGCAGUACCAGGAGAUCAAUGGGAUAACCUUUGCCAAUACCCAAAAAUUCCCACACUUCACCAAGAUUAUCAAGUAUUUUCCCAAUGUUCUACUCGAUGCCGAGGGGUUUAUCAAUCAAAACUAGAUAAUUAGGGGAAAUCCCAAAGAUUCUUGAAUAAAACCCACUUUAUUUAAAGAAA